AUGGCCAGCUCCACACGCUCUUCCAAGCGCCAGAAAACCGGCGCCGAAACGGCAAGCGAGACGGGCGAUUCGCUGCCCUACAAGCUCAUUUACUGGCCCAGUAUUCCGGGCCGAGGCGAGCACAUCCGCCUUGCCUUUGAAGCGACCGGCACACCAUACAUCGACGUCGCCAACAAGACCGAUGCCGGCGUCAAUGCGGUCAUGGCUCAGAUCAGCGACAAGAACAUCGGAGACGACAACAACCCUCCUCCCUUGGCUCCACCGAUUCUGCAACACGGCGACGACAUCCUCCUGUCGCAGACACCCAAUAUCCUCGCCUACUUGGGUCCCAAGCUCGGUUUGGUGCCUGACGUCGCCGAGGACAGCGUCGGACUGUACCACGUCAACGCACUCACGUUGACGGCACUGGACGGCCUGUCCAAUGAACCACACGACGUCCACCACCCGAUCGCCAGCUCAGCCUACUACGAGGAACAGAAAGAAGAGGCUCUCAAGAAGGCGGCCGACUACCGCGCCGUCCGCCUGCCCAAGUUCCUCGGGUAUUUUGAGCGUGUCCUCUCCGGCCCCGCCUCGGGCGGAGGUGAGUGGCUGUACGGCGGCAAACUGACCUAUGCGGACUUGGUCCUCUUCCAGACCGUCGACGGCGUGAGUUACGCCUUCCCCAAGCGUGUGGGCAAAUUGAAGAGCAGUGGCAAGUACGACAAGGUGUUUGCCCUCUACGAACGGGUCAAGGCACUGGACAAGGUCAAGAGUUACCUGGAGAGUGAUAGGCGACUGAAGUACAGUAUGGGGAUUUACCGGCAUUACCCCGAAUUGGACGCCGAAGACUAG